AUGGAUCCCGACAACAAGAAAAAAUGUACCGACGUCCUGGAGCAUUUCUUUAAACUGGAUAGCUGUGAGCCCUUUCGUGAACGUGUGAACUGGGAGGAAUGGGGUCUGUACGACUACCUGCAGGUAGUCAAGGAACCUAUGGACCUGGGCACCAUUCGCAGUAAGCUGACUAAGAACGAGUACAAGAAACCAUCAGAGUUUGCGCGGGACAUGCGGCUCGUGUGGAGCAAUUGCAAGCUCUACAAUCAGGACGGAUCCGACCUGUAUCUGCUAGCUGAUGACCUUGCUCAGAAGUUCGAGGACCGGGUCAAGACAAUGAAGCUGGAUGUGGGUCCGGUGUCUAGGGCUGACAAGAGUAUCCCAGCUCCGAGUCUAGAAGAAAAGAUCUAUUUCAGUCAAAACAUAUACAAAGUAGCACCUAAGGAAAUGGGCGCUAUUGUGCAGCUGUUGGAGGAACAGUGUCCGAAAGCGCUCGAUAAAAGCUCGCCGGACGAGCUGGAUAUUGUCAUUGACCACAUUGACAACAAAACAUUCCGUGACCUGGAGAAGUUUGUGCUGGAAAAGGUGCCCGAAGGAAGUCGUGAGCCGAUUGCCACGCCCAGGUCCUCGAAGAAGUCUCGACGAUCAUCCAGCAAAAAGGCUAAAAUUGAAGCAUAA